CAAAUGGACCCCGCAUGUUCUGAACACGGUCAACAUAUGCGUGUGAUGUUUUUCUAAGAAUAUUUAGAGGCUCCUCCUCUUUUUCAUGAUGUGACAGUAUCAUCCCGUCCGCGAGCUCCUCACUCCAGCUCAAUUGUGUCAUCCGUAACCUGACGCACGGACCCUUUAUCCCACUCACUGCAUCUCCGACAUUUCUCAGCUUAAAACAACAACAACUACCGACGAGCUCUCAACUCUUUCAUUUCUGUUUCUCUCGCGACACUUUUUUAGACUACACUUGACUUUCGAGACUUUCAGCUUGUUUUAGUUUUUUAAAUACAGAUUUGGAUCAUGGCCUCUCCGGCUGCUCUCAUGCCCUUGGUUCCUCUCGUCCAACCGCCUCCGAUACAGACUUCACCGGCGACCAACUCUCCGCCACCAGCAACCACGUCCUCAUCCCCUUCACCGUCUAUCGGACUGAACCCUUUCAGCGCGGACCUCUUACCAGUACCUGUCGGUAGCCCUGGCGCACCGGUCGACGUCCUGCCCUGUAAACCGGUGUAUUCUACCCCGUCGCCGGUUGAGAACACUCCGCAAAACAACGAGGUUAAAAUGGUCGAGGUCAGAGGCGCCAAGCUCGCCUCUUUCACGGUAAAAGACAACGAGUUAAUCUGCCUCCCGCAGGCGUUCGACCUGUUUCUGAAACACUUGGUCGGCGGACUGCACACGGUCUAUACCAAGCUGAAGCGGCUCCAGAUCACACCGGUGGUCUGUAACGUGGAACAGGUCCGCAUCCUCCGGGGCCUCGGAGCUAUCCAACCGGGAGUGAACCGGUGUAAACUCAUCUCUAGGAGAGACUUCGACACGCUGUACAACGACUGUACAAACGCCAGGUGAGUUGGUUUCCAUGGUGCC